UCUCUCUCUCUCUCUUCCUCCCUCCCACCCUUUUCUCUCUCUAUAUAUCUACAAAUAUACACGUCUUUUAUCUCUCCUCUUCUAUAUUAUCCUUAAUUUAUACACCCAUCAAAAUCUAAGCAAAGGUGUAAUAAAUUGCGCGAGAAUAUACACAGGAGCUAAUGGAGGACCAUGAAAGGGUCGCAUGCUCAAAGGGGCAAAGUGAUCAGGAGGAGGAGAUGGAGCUCAGGAGAGGACCAUGGACAAUGGAAGAGGAUCUUAUCCUCAUCAAUUACAUCGCCAACCACGGCGAGGGCCGAUGGAAUUCGCUAGCUCGAAGUGCAGGCCUAAAACGAACCGGGAAGAGUUGCAGGCUACGUUGGCUCAACUACCUUCGCCCCGACGUUCGGCGCGGUAACAUCACCCCAGAAGAACAGAUCCUCAUCCUUGAACUUCAUUGCCGGUGGGGGAACCGGUGGUCGAAAAUAGCGAAAUACCUGCCUGGAAGGACCGACAACGAAAUAAAGAAUUAUUGGAGAACCAGAGUGCAAAAACACGCGAAGCAGCUCCAGUGCGAUGUCAACAGCAAGAAGUUCAAGGAUGCCAUGCGGUACGUCUGGAUACCCCGUCUUAUAGAACGCAUUCGGGCAGCCUCGGGCAGCACUUCUUUCGUUGCACCGGGCGUCACCGACCUACCCGUCACUUGCCCGGAGAUCUCCGACGCGUCCGGCUCGCCGCCUGACUCGUCCGGGACUUCGCUAUCCUCGCCUCCGGUUGCGGAAUUCUCGGAAUCCUUCGACAACUGGCAUAGCACCCUUGUGCAAGGGGGUGAGUUUAAGGAAGGUGAUGGGAUCCAUGAGACCCAAAAUGACAACGAGUGGAUUGAGUCAAUGAUGAUCAGCCAGGGAGGCUAUGGCAAGCAAGAAGUAUUCGAAUUUGAGGAAAGUGGAUGGGAAGGUGGGUUUUCUGACAAUUUGUGGAGUUUGGAGGACAUACUGUUCAUGCACCAAUAAAUUCAAUUGCAUGCCCUUUCAAAAUCUAUAAAAUAUCAUAUAUGCAUGUCUCUCUCUCUCUAAAUUUACAAAUUUAUCACAAAUGUCCCUGCCAUUAAUUUUCUUAAUUAAACUUGUUUGGAUUAAAAGGAUACUUACUAUAUGCUAAUUAAGUUAAUAAAGUGACAAUUUUACACUCAACUAUUUGAUCUUGUAGGGCAAAAUAUUUAUACAUGCUGUUUUUUUCAUUUAAUUUUACAACUUAUGGCACGAAUUUUUAAUCCCUUAUCAAAUGCGUGAUCUAUGUAUCACUUUUAUUUGAUUUUUUUUUUCCUUACAAAAAUAAUGUUAAAGUUAUAAAAAUUGCUUUCCUAUUGAUAAGCU